AUGGCGUCGGAAUUCGCUUAUUCCGACGACAUACCGACGAUUUAUGCCCUCAGUAUGAGCAUGUUUUCUUGUAGUGAGGAGAAGAUUGAAGCUUGUCUGCAGUUCUGUUUUUCAUCAAGAUUAACGCAUUAUCAAGAUCUUUCUUAUUGGAUACUUUGGCGGCUGUGGAAAAGCAGGAACGUAUUGAUUUUUCAGAAUAAAUCAAUACAUUGGCGAUCACUACUAUCAUAUGCAACAAAUGAUGCAACCGAAUGGAGCAAAGUGAAAGCGACUAUUGAGGAUAAUACUGGUUCAGGGGUUGUUGGUCGUCAUGCUCGACAAAGAUCCCAUUGGACAAGACCUUCUGAGGGAUGGGUAAAAUGUAAUGUGGACGGAUCAUUCAUUCAAAAUUAUUUGGCUAGUCAAGCUGGAUGGAUAUAUCGAGAUAACAGAGGAACAUAUAGAGGAGCUGUACAAGCAAUGGGUGGACAAGUUCAGAAUCCAUUGGAGUGUGAAUUACAAGCUAUCCUUAUGGCUAUACAGCACAGUUGGAGUUUGGGAUAUCAAAAGGUCAUAGUGGAGAGUGAUUGUAAGAAGGCUGUAAGAAGGCUAUAG